AUGACAGUUUGGGUUCAACUGCCGGCGUUCCCAUUGCAUUUUUACCACCGGGAAGUUCUGUUCUCAGUGGGAAACAUGAUCGGGCGGACCAUUAAACUUGAUUAUCAUACCCUACAUCAACAGAGGGAAAAAUUUGACCGGAUCGCGGUAGAAGUCGACUUAUCCAAGCCUCUGGUCACUAGGAUUCGACUAGACGGUGCAUGGCAGUACCUAGAAUAUGAAAACCUGUCGGUACUCUGUUUUGAAUGCGGCAAAAUUGUUCACACAAAGGAGUCCUGUCCCACCCUAAACCGGCGACCCCUCAGCUCGGAAUGGUGGAAUUCGGAAAACCGCCGGAGCCGGAGAAGGCAGGCUCGCCGGAGGAGGAGAAGAUCGAUUUCGAGCCAUGGAUGGUAG